AUGGGAAGACCUCCGUGUUGCGAUAAAUCGAACGUGAAAAGAGGUCCAUGGACACCCGAAGAAGAUGCUAAGAUUCUUGCUUAUGUGGCGAGCCAUGGAAUCGGAAACUGGACAUUAGUUCCUCAGAAAGCAGGUCUUAACAGAUGUGGAAAGAGCUGUCGAUUGAGGUGGACUAAUUAUCUUCGGCCGGAUCUCAAGCACGAUAAUUUUACGCCCGAGGAAGAAGAAUGCAUUCUCGAGCUGCACAAAGCCAUCGGUAGCAGAUGGUCCUUAAUAGCCAAAAGGCUGCCAGGGAGAACAGAUAACGAUGUAAAGAACUACUGGAACACUAAGCUAAAGAAAAAGCUUACUAAAAUGGGAAUUGAUCCAGUGACUCACAAGCCAUUUUCUCAGCUUUUCGCCGAAUAUGGAAAAAUAAGUGGCUUCCCGAUCGGGACCAGAAACAAAAACCCGUUUUUCCAAAAUCGCGACAUUUUGCGAAAAACAGAGGAAUAUUCCCCCAGCCAUCAUGAAAUUGUUCUUCAGCCACAUCUUUUCAGUGAUGAGGCCUUUCUAUCUCCAAAUGGAGUCACGCGUUUUGCCUGUGGCCCACUCGGCACGUGUGGGCCCAUCCAAGCCCAAAUCAUGUCUUCUUCGUCUUCUUCUUCCUCUUUAGAAUGCAAGUUCAUGAGGAUGGUGUUAGAGAAUGAUGAUCAGUCUGUAUUUGUUGAUCCUGUUCAAGAAGAAGAGGGACUUACUAGUAAUUUUAAGGAGGAUAUAACAACAUAUGAUCAUCUGUCCAAGGAAAGAAAAAUAUCACGUGACGAAAAUUUUGAUUCCCGGGGCAAUUUAGGAACAAAAAGCUCGUCUUGUGACGAUUCGUUUGUCGAGGCUAUCCUGGCGCACGAUCGGGAAAUGCGGCUUCAGUUUACCGACAUUUUGGAUGGGAAUUACGAUUAUUGA